AUGAAGAAGGCCAUUGGUCAAACUGUUCGGGAACUACUGGACACUCCCCUCUUCCAGGUUCUUGAUGCUACCAACAAUGAAGCCUGGGGUCCUCAUGGAUCACUUCUAGCAGACAUUGCACACGCUACCAGAAAUUAUUAUGAAUUCCAAAUGAUCAUGGCAGUAAUCUGGAAGCGAAUUAAUGACACAGGCAAGAAUUGGCGGCAUGUCUACAAGAAUGGCACUUAUAUUUAUGUAUUAAAUGUUCAACAACAGGCUUUGACAGUAUUAGAAUACGUGGUGGCUAAUGGGUCAGAGCGUGUCAUAGAGGAGAUUAGGGAGCAUGCCCACCAAAUAUCGACAUUGUCCAAUUUUCAAUAUAUUGAUUCCAGUGGAAGAGACCAGGGAAACAAUAUCAGGAGGAAAUCACAGAAUCUCGUUCUCCUUGUGAAUGAUAAAGAAAAAAUCAUAGAGGUUAGACAGAAGGCUGCUGCUAACAGGGACAAGUUUCGGACCAGUUCGACAGGUGGAAUGUAUAGGCCUGGCUCACAUUCUUCCGGUGGGAAUUAUGGUGAUAGAUAUGAAGAUGAUCGUUAUGGAAGCAGGGAGGAAGAUAGAAGUGAUCAUGGCUAUGGAAGAGAAAGAGAAUGGGGUUAUAGAGAUGAUGAUCGGUAUAGUGGUGAGGGAGAUAAUUAUGGCAACGAUUAUGAGGAACGCUAUAGAAGAGAUGGUUAUAGGGAUGAUGAGUACCGUAGAAGAAGUGUUGAUGACGACCAAUAUGGCUCAAGAAGCAGGAGCUCUGAUAGAGAUCAUGAUCAUAAUGUUAAUGCUGAUGGUCAGCGUUCCUCUCGGUUAGAGCGGAAACUUUCUGAGCAAAAUGUGGGUGCUCCCCCCAGUUAUGAAGAAGCUGCUUCUCAAAGCCCUUUAGACAAUGAAAGGGAUGGGGGAAUUUCAGUUGCAUCUGCCUCAAAAGGCUCUUCUACUGUAAGUGACCCACACCAAACAUCCGCUGCCAUUGUGAGUGAUAAUCCAACAGAAACAAAUCCUGCUGCCAGCACUGCUCCAUCUGGAAAUCCUGAAGUUGUUGAGGCUUUUGAUGAAUUUGAUCCUCGUGGUCGUCCUGUAUCAGCUGCCCAAGCUCCUGUUAAUAAUGUUGAAAUGGAGUUGUUCGGCUCCCUAUCUGAAUCAUUCUCUUCAAAUGCACUGCCUCUUGUGCCUUCUGCAUCAGACACAACAACCUCUAUAGUCAAUGCAAACCUUGAUUCAACGGCUGUCUUAGCACCGCCACCAUCUGCAUCCAAUAAUUUCAAUCCGGUUUUUGAAGAUCCAUUUGGUGAUUCACCGUUUAAGGCCAUUCCUUCCACUGAAACUCCUCCAUAUCAACCCCAGAUUCAUCAGAGCCGUCCACCAUCUCAGCCAACUGGUUCUAAUACAGAAUCAGUUUCUACCUUCGGAUUUGGGGACUCAUUUUCUGCUCCACCUAGUACCGGCCACACUCAGUCAUUGAACUCCCAGUUUCUGUCACCAUCACAGGAAACUGAUAUUCUUGCAGACAUUCUUCCACUUGCUCCAUUACCUGGGAUCUCACAGCAGAACUUUUCAGUUCCUCUUGAUGCUCAAUCCUCAUCCUCCUUUUCAGCUUCGUCAGGGCAAAUGGCAUCACAAUCUUAUUAUGCACAGUCUGGCCAACAUGCGCAGCCAGAUUUCUCAGUUGGAACCAGACAACCUGCUGCCCAAGCCGGUUCAAUUCCUGGUGGCCAGCCGCAACAACCCCCGUCAUCAGAUCCCACAGGUCAACAUACACAGCAACCCUUUCCAUCUCACACUGUUCAAUCUGUGCAGUCAGGUAGUCAUAUAUAUGGUGGAUUCCCUUCCCAGGGUGGUUCUAUGACUGAAAGUGCUUCAGGCAUGAUCCCUCACUCGCAAGGUGGACACAUGAGCCAGACCUAUGAACAAGGAUCUAUGGCACUUAUUCCUGCGAACACGGCUCCCCAAGCAUCAAUGGGACAGAGUGCAAACUACUUGUCUUCUCAAUCCCCCAUUGAUCAAGCAUCACAGUUUAACAGCGGAAACUUAAUGGCACAACCGGGAGUACAUGCUUCUCAGAAUGCUGUUGCUCAACCAUCCUCCAAGGACAAGUUUGAAACAAAAUCUACAGUUUGGGCAGAUACACUAAGCAGGGGCUUGGUUAAUUUGAAUAUAUCUGGACCUAAAAUAAACCCUUUAGCAGAUAUUGGAGUUGACUUUGAUGCAAUCAAUAGGAAGGAGAAGAGGAUGGAGAAGCCCACCACGACAUCGGUAACAUCAACUGUAACCAUGGGUAAAGCUAUGGGAUCUGGUUCAGGUAUGGGUCGGGUGGGUGUUGGGGCUCUCAGACCACCUCCAUCAAACCCGAUGAUGGGCAUGGGAAUGGGUAUGAGAGGCUACGGAGGAAUGAACCCGCCUAUGGGGAUGGGGAUGAACAUGGGGGGUAUGGGGCAGAUGCAACCUCCAACUGCACCCGCUGGGUUGCCUCCUGGGUCUAACAUGCUCGGUAAUUAUAACUCCAUGAUGGAAACAGGUGGUGGUUAUCCUCCUCAAUAUCCUUAUGGCCGUGGUGGUGGAUACCGAUGA